AUGCUCAAGACCUUGAAUCGAAGGUCGUGGACCUGUCGACAAUGUAUCCGUAUCCUUCGACGGAACGCCGAAACUCGGCGCUACUUUCAAGGAGCGUCGGCUGCUUCUCCCUUGUGCCAGCACACGGUCUCAAGCAGCACUUCAGAUAAGGCACGGGAUGACCAAACGUUACGACUCAUCUUUGAUUCGGAGCCCUUCUGGCGUGAAUUUUCCCAGCCGAAGUCCAGUACCUCCAAACGCACUGGUCUCCUCCAGAACCAGUACCUCACGGGCCCUGAUGGAUUCCUCCAGUUUGCCCAGGUUUCGCUGCAAAAAUGCCAGAAGAUAGUGGCGAAGGUCAUCGCUGCCUCGACGCUCGAGGAUUACAGGGGAAUGGUCCGGGACCUUGAUCGGUUGAGCGACCUACUCUGUCGGGUGAUAGACAUGGCCGAGUUUAUGAAAUUGAACCACCCUAGCCCUCAAAUUCAGGAUGCUGCAACCCAGGCGUAUGCACUUAUGUUUGAAUAUAUGAACGUCUUGAAUACAACACCAGAGCUUGACGCGCAAUUAAAACGUGCUUCUGCGGAUCUCAAUGUUACGUCACACUGGAGCCCAGAGGAAAAGGUGGCAGCUCGGGUUUUGCUAAAGGACUUUUCGCAGUCUGCUAUACACUUGCCGCCGAAGGAUAGACAAAAAUUCGUUGCGUUGUCUAAUGAAAUAAGUCAAUUGGGCCCCAUGUUCGUAACGAACAGGCAGCCCGAGACCGACCAUGUGACUGUGGAUAAGAACAAACUUCGUGGAAUGGACCCUUCACUCAUACAGCAGCUCCAGAGAUGGAGGAAAGUUGCAGUUCCGAUGUUCGGUGAUAUUCCGAGGAUUGCUUUGUAUUCUGUCCACGAUGAAGAAACAAGGAAGGAGAUUUAUGUGACUUCUCGAACUUCGUCUAAAGUUCAGAUUCGGCGCCUCGAGACCCUUCUUCAGAAGCGAGCGGAGCUAGCUAAACUCGCUGGGUUUCCAAGCUAUGCCCAUAUGACCCUGAGUGAUAAAAUGGCCAAAACACCUGAAGCCGUUGUUAACUUUUUAGAGGCUCUCAACGCCAGCAAUCGAGGGCAGGUUCAGGAUGAAUUAUCGCAGCUUCUUGCAUUAAAGCAGGCUGACGUCCCUUCGGCUACACAGUUACAGCCAUGGGAUCAUGCUUAUUAUGUUCACCAAUAUUCAGCACGGCAUAGUCGGGUUAGAAGGUCACGGGAGUCCACUCUACUUCCUGCCUUUUUCUCGAUCGGUACCGUGAUACAAGGAUUGUCCCGGCUUUUCACGCGACUCUAUGGUAUUCGACUAGUUCCCACUGAGACUUUGCCUGGGGAAAUCUGGAACCCAGAUGUGCGAAGGCUUGACGUGGUGGAUGAAUCUGACAGACGACUUGCGGUGAUCUACUGUGAUCUCUUCACCAGGCCCUAUAAGAGUCCCAAUCCUACGCACUUUACCCUUCGUGGCUCUCGCGAAAUUUCCCAAGCUGAGAUUGCGGAAUGUGCCGAUCUAUCAUCUUCCCUUCAUCCCAAUGACGGUAUGGCUACAACUAUUAAGCCGGAAACCAAUAAACUCUAUCAGUUGCCGACCGUCGCUUUGAUAUGCGACUUCGACCAGUCAGAAUCGCGAUCAACGCCAUCACUUCUAAACGAGCACAAUUUGGAGACUCUGUUCCAUGAAAUGGGCCACGCGGUCCACUCCGUGCUUGCUCGUACAGACCUGCAAACUAUUUCUGGGACCCGUUGCGCGACUGAUUUUGUUGAACUUCCGUCUGUGAUAAUGGAAAAUUUUGCGACUGCCCCUGAAGUUUUGGCUCUUUACGCACGUCACUGGGAGACAAAUGAACCACUGCCGGAGCACAUGGUGAAGAGUAUGGAAUUAAACCGGCAGAGCCGGGUCAGUAUGCAUGGUGGCAUGGACAACGAAGUCCAAAUUUUGAUGGCUUUGCUAGACCAGGCUUAUCACUCGUCUCGGCCUUUGGAGCCAAAUUUCGACUCCACCCGAAUCUACCAUGAUGUCUAUUCCACUCAUAGCAGUCUUCCAGAUCCGCCAGGCUCACGGACGUCGUGGCAAGGCUAUUUUGCACAUUUGGUGGGCUAUGGUGCUACGUAUUACAGUUAUCUUUUUGAUCGAGCCAUAGCGAAUAAGGUCUGGUCGGAUGUUUUCAAGGGCGGGGAACUAUCAACGAACAGAGAUGCCGGAGAGCGGUUCAAGAAUGAGGUGCUGCGAUGGGGUGGUGGACGAGAUGGAUGGAAUUGCGUUGCCGGCCUGCUUGGGAAUAACCCUGCAAAUGACAACGGCAAACUUGCAGAAGGUGGCGAAGAAGCCAUGCGAGAAGUUGGCCGAUGGGGUUUGGGAUUAAUGGGCACCUCUGAGCUGUAA